ACAAGUCAUAUCCCUGCAUCCCAAACAGAGCCUUUUCUUUCCAGGCUGGUAAUAACGAUUCAAAAUCCCGCCACCUGUAAGCACAAAAACAAAAAUAAACAAAAAAACCCACAUUCUUCCCCAAAGUUCUUACCUUUUUGAGAAAUCAAGGGUUUUUAUUGAAAUUAAGGUUCUGAUUUAGCCCAAGAUUAGGUGAAAAGGAAAAUGAACUUGGGGGAUUUACACAAGGUUUGGGAAAUCAAAGCAUUGAAAAGGAAACCAGGAGAAGAAGAAGCCAAAAAGAUCUUGGAGAAAAUCGCCAAACAGGUUCAACCCAUUAUGCGUAAGCACAAAUGGAGAGUCAAGCUCCUCUCAGAAUUCUGCCCGAAUAAUCCGGCUCUGUUAGGGUUGAAUGUGGGAGGUGGAGUGCACGUGAAGUUAAGGCUGCGGAGACCUAACCGGGAUUGGGAUUUUUAUCCCUUUGAUCAAGUUCUUGAUACAAUGCUUCAUGAGCUUUGCCACAAUGCCCAUGGUCCUCAUAAUGCUAGUUUUUACAAGCUUUGGGAUGAACUUAGAAAGGAAUGUGAGGAGCUCCUGGCAAAAGGGAUAACUGGCACAGGAGAGGGGUUUGAUCUUCCUGGGAGGCGCUUGGGUGGAUUUUCCCGACAAGCUCCACUUUCAUCUCUUCGCCAAACUGCAUUAACUGCAGCAGAAAACAGAGCACGCUUGGGGUCUCUAUUACCUUCUGGACCUAAACGUCUUGGUGGUGACAGCACCAUUAUGGAUGCACUUAGUCCAAUACAAGCAGCUGCAAUGGCUGCAGAAAGGAGAUUGCAAGAUGAUAUCUGGUGUGGUUCUCAUUGCUCUGAGGUUGCUGGGGAUGAAGAAAAUAGUGCUGAUACUCGGCAGGAUCAUUUGGACAUGGAGCAAAGAGCAGAGAGCUUGAGGGUCAAAGAUGUUUCUAGUGGACAUGCUUUGGGUGGAAACUCUGGUAAACGAAGUCUUGAACCAGAUAAAAGUUUUCAAUCCAUGAACGACCAUUUAAAAUCGAGUUUUGUGGAUUUAACUACAGAUGCUCCAGUACUUGGAUCUUUUAUCAAUUGUGCUGCCAGAUCUCCUAAAUCUCCUAAAAGAAGUUGUAAAUCUAAUAACCUUAUACCUACCCAUUCUAGUUCAAGUGCCUCUUCUUCUGUGCCCAAGCUUAAUGAUGAUUCUUCUGAAAGUCAAGGAAUAACUGCUAUGUGGGAGUGUGAAUCAUGCACUUUAUUGAACCCGCCAUUAGCCCCAAUAUGUGAGCUUUGCUGCACAGAAAAGCCCAGAGACAUUGGUACCAAGUACAAAUUUUGGUCCUGCAAGUUUUGUACAUUGGAAAACAGUGUGAAAUUGGAUAAAUGCUCAGCAUGUGAUCAGUGGAGAUAUUCACAUGGCCCUCCAGUAUCGACUCGAGCACCCAAUGUUGGCACAUGAGAACUAAUGUCUCCAUGUCCAUGUUUCAUCCCAUCCAAGUCAGUAGAUCUUCCUUGGUGAAAUUUUGUAAAAAUGCCUUCUUAGAAGCCAUAUGGAGCAUUUUCUGGUGUUGGUUGCUUCUUUUGUUGUUAUUACAAUUGAUGGUUGCUUGAAGCCAGCCCUAUUUUGAUUAUCUUUUGGAUGCUAUCAAAAUGUUGUACUGAUCCAUAUAAAGAGAAGAAGGGAGGGAGGGAGAGCAUUGUAAUCUGGCUAGAAGUUCCUAUUUUGGGGCCAAAUGAUACUUAUUUUUGUACCUUUUUCAAUGUAAAUACUAGCUCCAACUAUACAUUCUGAUAAAUUUUUUCCUCUUU